AUGGGUACUUAUCAUAUCAGGUUAAGCAAUAGAUUAUCAGGUUUUUCUCCAACUACUCUAAUCCUGUUUAUGCCUGCAGGCAAUGUAAGAGCAGGAAAAAAAAUAACUGCCGGAAUUAAAUUAGGGGACCCAAAUAAUUUCGAUGAUCCGUGA